CGGAAGAGGGACACCCCACUCGCACUUAUGAUUCAAUGAACUAAGUAGACCAGACCCAUCUGCUAUUGCAUUGGGUUUUAUGGGAGACACACCAGAACUAACAUUGCAUUUUUUCUACAAAUGGUAAACUGCCUGAGUGAACUAUCGUCAGUUUUCCACUACCUUUGUUGGCACUUCGCCCUGGCUUUUGUGAACGUGCUCGAGUCGCCCCCGUUGUCGCGCCUUGUUUUCUCUUCGGUCGCAUUGGAGAGAAAAGAGUGGGACCUGUCCGAAAACUGUACCGUACCCACACAACUCUGAAUUUCCAUUAAAUAUGUCUACCACCACCCGCUGUCAAAAGCCCCAGGUUAUAAUGCACGACCAACACAGAAAAAGUUUGACUCUAUAGCCAACGGGAUCCCGAGGACUUGAUUACAGUCGCUUCAAGCCUGAUAGUUUGCAUCGGUGCGGCUGCCCCACUACCCCCGGCUCACACCCCUUUGGUCAACUGGCAUUACUUCUGACAGCCCCCUUCCUCCUCCAUUGGUUCAUAAGACUUGGGUUCUCUUGUGGUCUGUCUACUUUGCCUGUCUUCUCUUCCAUCGGUCCCUGUUCUCCACUGACACCAGUAGCAGUCCCUGGAGUUACAUAAUCCUGUAUUAGGCUCAGCCCCCAACAUUAAACAGUGAGAUGAUUCCCAACGGUUAUCUGCUCUUUGAAGAUGAGAGUCUCUUGGAUUCCACCAUAGCAAAGAUGAACGCCCUGAGAAAGAGUGGACAGUUCUGUGACGUGAGACUGCAGGUGUGUGGUCAUGAGUUGAUGGCUCACCGUGCUGUGCUGGCCUGCUGUAGCCCCUACCUGUUUGAGAUCUUCAACAGCGACAUCGAACCUCACGGCGUGUCCCACGUCACCUUCGAAGACCUUGACCCAGAGGCUGUGGAGAUCCUGCUUAACUACGCCUACACUGCCCAGUUGAAGGCAGACAAGGAGUUGGUUAAGGAUGUCUACACUGCAGCCAAAAGGCUAAAGAUGGAACGAGUAAAGCAGAUCUGUGGCAACUACCUGCUGUCGAAGAUGGAAUCCCAGAGUGCCAUCUCCUUUCGUAACUUUUCCAGCUGCAUGGGAGACAGCCGCAUGCUGUCCAAGAUCGACAUCUACAUCCAAGAACACCUGCUGGAGGUCUCUGAGCAGGAGGACUUCCUCAAACUCCCCCGCCUCAAAUUAGAAGUAAUGCUGGAAGACAGCUUGAGCCUGCCCAGCAAUGGCAAGCUCUACUCCAAGGUGCUUAACUGGGUCCAGCGCAGACUGUGGGAGAAUGGCGACCAACUGGAUAGACUGAUGGAGGAGGUGCAAACGUUGUACUACUCAGCCGACCACAAGCUGCUCGAUGGCGCACUCGUCAUUGAGGAACAUGGGAUGUUUGGGGUUGGUGCGGAGGAGGACCACAUGCAGUUUGUUCAGAAGAAGCCCCCUCGUGAGAACAGCAACACCCAGAGACAGCCGAGCUCCGCCACCUCCGGCAGCUCCUCACCCUCCGGCUUGGCCUUCAACACACCCAAACCCUGCAGGAGAGAGUGGAAGUACAUCGCCUCCGAGAAGUCCACCAACAACACCUACCUGUGUCUGGCAGUACUGGACGGGGUGUUGUGCGUGAUCUUCCUGCAUGGCCGCAACUCUCCCCAGAGUUCUCCCUCUGCCACACCAUGUCUGAUGAAGAGCCUGAGCUUUGAGGCUCAGUCUGAGGAGCUGGAGGAACACCCGCUGACCUCCAUGCACUACGCACGCUCUGGCCUGGGCACUGCCACCCUGCACGGCAGGCUCAUCGCUGCAGGAGGGUAUAACCGGGAGGAGUGCCUGAGGACUGUGGAGUGUUACGACCCCAAAGAGGACCGCUGGACCUUCACUGCUCCCAUGCGGACUGCCAGGGCUCGCUUCCAGAUGGCCGUGCUCAUGGGUCAGCUGUAUGUGAUGGGUGGCUCCAACGGUCACUCAGACGAGCUGAGCUGUGGGGAGACCUACGAUCCGCACACUGACACGUGGGCUCAGGUGGCAGAGCUCCGGACCAAUCGCUGCAACGCAGGUGUCUGCUCGUUGAACAAUAAGCUGUUUGUGGUGGGAGGGUCAGACCCCUGUGGGCAGAAAGGACUGAAGAACUGUGAUGCUUUUGACCCUGUGACCAAGACCUGGAACAACUGUGCCCCUCUCAACAUCAAGAGGCACCAGGCUGCGGUAUGUGAGCUGGAUGGCUUCAUGUACGUGAUUGGAGGUGCUGAGUCGUGGAACUGCUUGAACACGGUGGAGCGCUACAACCCUGAGAAUAACACCUGGACCCUAAUCGCCCCCAUGAACGUAGCUCGCAGGGGGGCUGGGGUGGCCGUCUACGAUGGGAAGCUCUUAGUGGUUGGUGGGUUUGAUGGCUCCCAUGCACUGCGCUGCGUAGAGGUGUAUGACCCAGUCCGUAACGCAUGGAAGAUGCUGGGUAGCAUGACCGUGGCACGGAGCAAUGCGGGUGUGGCCGCGCUGGGUGACGUCAUCUGCGCCGUGGGCGGCUUCGACGGAAACAACUUCCUGAACACACUCGAGGUGUACGACCCUGAGACGGACGAGUGGAGCGACUGCGCCGAGGCCCUCUCCUCUUCCGCCUGAGGGUCAGGGGUUAUGGGGGGGAUCAUUUUGGGGGGGUUGCCUAAAGCAACAUCAAGCCUUUUAUUUUUCGUGCUGUAUAUAUUUAGAUUUCUUUUUUUCUUUUUUGUAUUAAUAAUGCCAACAUUUUAAUACAUUUUUAGUGCAAUUGAGUUUUUCUUUGAAAGUUUUCUAUUGUUUUCUGGGGGUUUACAGAGAAACACCUACUGUUUUGGUCACCAAGACUACCUUGGACUUACUGGUGUGUUCAGAAUAGGUGACGGUACUGGAAAACUUUGAGUUGACUUGUUUUAGGAAAGUGAUUCUGAAUAUCUUUUUUUCAUUUUGAACUGUCAUUUUAGCUCACACAUAUUUAAAUAUCUGCAAUUUUGAAGCCUUAUUCAAAGAAAGAAGGUAACUCCCAUGGCGUUUUUGUGUAGUUUAAACUGAAGCUGGAUUGCUUGACAAAUCUUUAAUGCCUUUUUAUAUUUUUAUACACUGCUGAUUUACCAAUAGAGGAAGUAGUGGACGCACAUGUCUAUUGAGUCAUGAAACGAAACCAGUGCCAGUUUAGUAACGCGUAACACACUCGCACACACACGCUAACCAACUCUUUUGUUGCUGCAUUUUGACUAAUUUACUAUUAUGGAGAUGCUGUUUUGUUGUGUUGAGCGUUUUAAAAGGGGUUCAGAUAUUUGGCUUCAAUUUAAUUUUGAGUUUAGAUUGAUUCAAUUGGAAAGUGCUGCAUCACAUUUGUAACAAGCUGAUAUUUCUUAACUAAUAAACCAUUUCAACCUCU